UUUUCGUGUUUCUUGUAUAUUUUCUCUCUUGCUUGAAAUUGCUUCCAAUUUUGUUUGUUUGUUUGAAAUUGAAUGAAAUCUAUCAUAACACUAGUUCUAGAUCUUGAACUGAAUUCAGUAUCAGUUAAAAAUUUAAAAAAUACAAAUUGAUUCGACUAAAAUGAAUGAUACCUCCAUGAAUGAAAUUCGCGUACAUCCAUCGCAUUCUCGAUGGCUUACCGAAGAAGUAUUCAAUCUAAUCGACCUGGUGAGGCGAGAUGAGGCAAUCUAUAAUCCACGACAUAAAUACUAUUUUUGCCGGCCUUACGUUGAAAAUUUUUGGCGUGAAAUUGAUUUACGAUUGAGGAAGAAUUCUGGUGCAAGUUUGGCAAAAUGGACAAAUCUUAGAAUAUCCUUUCGGCGGGAAUAUGCAAACUUUCAAGAAGAAAAAGUACCACCUUGUUGGUCGUAUUUUGAUAGAAUGCUAUUUUUACAUCCUUAUUUGCGCAAUAAGAAGUCUUCAGAGCCCAAAGGCCUUGAUUCGCAUCUUCAAGAAGCUCUUGCCCAAAUAAACGGUCUAAGCUAUAAAUCUCAACAGCAACUAACAUCAAAUAGCGAAAGUCCUGUAAAUGAAUAUGUGGACCAGUAUUUUUCGUAUUGUGAAGACGACCCACAACCUUCGCCUGACAACAUAGACGAUAUAAUCGAAGAAGAAACCCCACCGGUCACAAAUAAUUCUUUUAUAACCGAUAUAAAAUCAGAGAGCGAAAAUGAAAGCGAGGAAAAGGAUGGUAAAGUACAAACUCCUCGAGACAGAGAUAAAGAAAGAGAUCGAGAACGAGAUCAUGAAGAAUUCAAGGAUAUAAUUAUUGAAAUAUCUGAUGACACAGAACCAUUACCAUCGCAAAACGAAUUGAAUCGAUUGAGUCCUCAAAAUGAUUGUGGUCCAAUUAGAAACCUGCUAAAGCGUCCAAGAAAUGAAGUGAACAAUACCACUACCCCAGUUUCAUCAAAUAAUGUUUCGUUGGUGAGACCUUUGACUUUGGCAGCGGUUACGUCGACGGCGACAUCAAAUCAACCCGAACUUAGUAUGUUUACCCAGGCCAUUAUCAAUAGUACAUCACAUGCAAAUAGUUCUUCGAAUCGUCUUGAACAAGGAAGUCCUGUUGCUACUGCUACUGUAUCAUCAAUUCGACGAAAUGAUUUCUGUGAAUGUAAAACCGAUUCAGAUGCAAUGUUCCUUAUGAGUUUGUUGCCAGACAUAAGAAAAUUAAAUGGACGUGAUCGUGGUAAAAUCAAAAUUGCAUUUCAAAAUAUUGUGCAGGAAUUUUUGUAUCCCGACUAAGGACUGGUUCAAAAUUCUGUAGGUUUAAGAUAAAACUAAAGCUAUAAGCUGAAUACUAUUUUACGCGUCUUAAUUACUAAAUUAUUAUAAAUGUGCAAUGCUUACAUAAUUCAUAGACAAAAUAUAUAAUUAUAAAAUUUAAAAAAACAGAA